GUCACCCACUUUUGUUGCGUUCUCACUUGCUGCUAUUACCUCCGUUUUCGUCUUUCUUUUUUGUCUUCCUCUUCCUCUCUCUUGUCUUCAUCUGUACCCUUUAACAAUUACUCCUCAUUACUCUUCCUCUUUUUGUUUCGAUUCCUCUCUCUCUCUCUCUUCAUGGACCGUUUCAUUUCAGCCUGGGCAAGCAAAAACAGAGCAAAAACUCAAAAAGGAUUGGGAGAUCUCUGGGGAUGCUAUGAGGAAUGGAGUGCAUAUUGUGCUGGAACUCCUGUAUUGUUGGACAACAGUGAGAAUGUUGUGCAGUAUUAUUUCCCUUCUCUGUCUGCAAUCCAAAUCUACACCAACAAAUCUGCAACUUUUACGAAUCCAAGGGAGGAUAUUGCUGUGGUGGAAUUUGAAGAUGAGUGUCGGAGUGAUGACAGUGAGAAUGAAAAGUUCUCAAGGACGUUAAGUAACAAUUCUAGUAGGACUUGGGAUGCCACUUCUGUGGAUUCAGUUAUUGAUCACGAGGGUUCGUGGCCAAUAAGGGAUCGCCUUGGUUAUCUUCACUUUCAAUACAUUGACAUGUACUCUCCAUACGUGAGGAUUCCGCUCAUGGACAAAAUCAAUGAACUCGCUCAAAACUAUCCGGGGCUUAUGACGUUGAAGAAUGUCGAUCUAUCUCCUGCAAGUUGGUUGGCCGUUGCUUGGUAUCCUAAUUAUAAUAUUCCGGACAAGGUAGCUGUGAAGGAGUUAGGAACAUGCUUCCUCACUUAUCAUGCAUUGUCCUCAUCUUUCCAAGAGACUGAAGAUGAAAAUGAUGAUAAAGAUAUUGGAAGGUGUUUCUCUCGUUCUAAAGAAAAGGAGAAAGGAAAACGCAGGAGUAAGGAUGUUCGUAUAACGCCUCUUCCUCCCUUUGGGCUGGCAACUUACCGGAUGGAAGGAGAACUUUGGGUGAAACCAAACACACAUGAUUAUGAGAAGCUAAUUGAUCUUUAUAGUGCUGCUAAGUCCUGGUUGAAGCAGCUCAAUGUCCAACACCAUGACUUCAACUUUUUUACUACCCACUCCACCAUAGAUUUUGAUAAGCAUAUCUAACUUAUUUUGUGCUUCAGUAUCUCGUUGUUGCCUAUAGGAAGACUCUCUCGCAGCAGUCCUGGGCGUGCCUAAAACCUGAGCUUUUCAAAUGUGAUGUCAAAAGUACCUCUCUCAGCCUUUUGAAUGCAAAGUUAAUAAGUGCUCGUCUUUGUUUGUUUAUUAUUAUUUUUUUUUCAAAAUCAUGAAGAUGAUGUAGUCUUGAAGAAGUUGUUGGCCCUAUCUUUUUUUUUUUUUGUUAUGGGGGG